UUUAUGCUUUGUGAAAUAGUGGAAGAUUGCUACUAAAAUAACAGCUUCUGUCUUUAGCACAAUGAACUGAUACCAACCUGUCAGAUCAGGAAAUGAUAGCCCAGCAAGCACAUGCAAACUAGAGAAAAGGAUGUGUGGUUCGUGGUUGUCUACAUGCAGUAAAUUCAGAAUGUUUGCAUUUCCGCUGCGUCAUACGGGCAGUGCAUGCUUUUCCUCCACUGUCGGAUUUAAUUAAGACCAAACCCAAAGAAAAGAGGAAACAGGAUAUGUGAGAUUGUUAAAACUCUGAAUUUUCUCAGUAGCUGUAGUUUGGAUUUCUAAACCUGUCAAAGCUAGCUGGCUGAAAAGACUUCACAUGCUGCAUAUCUGACAUCCGACUGUGAGACGGUGCGGUCUCCCUGUCUGAAGGAUUUCUACAUGAGAAUAUCUCUCUAUAUGGUGACAGCUUUGAGCCGGAAAAUGUUCUCGUGCAUGUACACAGAGGAUUUACCACUUCCUCUCUUUACACUUUAUUGACUUUCUGGUAAGGUGAAAAUCAGCCAGAACUCUGUGAAAUGGUACUCGCUGGUCUGACAGGAGAUAAAACAUAGUUACAACAAGAACUGAACCGUAUUAGAUCGACUUCAUUUUUAAGGGCUUGGAUACAUUGAUCAAGUACAACUACGGGCCUACUGUCUCAAUGCAAAAAUGGAGAAUCCAGAUAAUACCUGCGUGGUCAACGACAACAUGGUACCCUUCGCCACACUUUACAUCAUCAUCUUUCUGAUUGGCGUGGCCACUAGCCUGGUGGCACUAUGGGCCUUCACCACAAGCCAAAGUAUUAAAAAGUGCAUCAACGUUUACCUGAUCAACCUUCUAACGUCUGACUUUCUCCUCAUGCUGGCCCUACCCGUCAAGAUCGCAAAGGAUCUGGGCAACGAGUCGAAAAGUUUGAUCAUCUUCCACUGCCAAGUGAGCGGGCCGCUCAUCUACAUCAACUUGUACGCUUCUAUCAUCUUUUUGUCAUUUGUCAGCGUUCAGCGGUAUCUCCAAAUAACCCACAGCUCAAAACUUCUCCGACUGCAGGAGGUGGGUUUCGCGGUGUUGAUGUCAGUAGUGGUCUGGUUCCUCGUGCUCUUCAUAAAUGUGCCCAACAUGGCAAUAACCAUCAAAGCCAACAUUACAAACAUACAUGGGCUGACCUGUUCUGAUUUAAAAACUGACAUAGGGAAGCACUGGCACACAUUGUCCGUGUUCCUGGGGACGGCCAUCUUUUUCAACGCCUCUGCGGCUGUGAUUCUGUCCAACGGCCUGGUGUUGAAACGGCUCUGGGGUCGACGUGAAUCUGACCCAGAGGGCCAAGCAAGCGCCCAUCAUGCCUUUAGAAACAUUGCACUGGUGACCUUGGCGUACGUGAUAAGCUUCGUGCCAUACCAUGCGGUGCGGAUGCCGUACACUUUUACACAGAUAGAUGUGAUCAACGAUUGUGGAUUGAAGAAGAGUCUGUUCUUGGCUAAGGAGUCUACUCUACUUCUCGCCAUCUUGCACAUGUGCUUUGAUCCGCUGCUGUAUUUCGUCAUUUGUCGUGCAUUUAGACAUCAGAUCACGAAAACCUUCUCAAGGAGACGCAGUGUUCCAGAUGCUAACCAAGAAUAAAUAUUUGCAUUAAAGUAUUAAGGGAAGGAAAGUUUUGGACCAAGUAUCACAGAGAUAUCUUUCUUUUAAUUAGAUAUAAGAGAUGGGACAAUUUUUUUAGACAACUAUGGUUUGGUAAUACAUAUAUCAAGAAAGGAAGGAGCAUGUAGCCUAUAAAAGACUGUAAUACUCGAUCAAAUUGUGCAAAUAUGUGGGAAACAUGGUAACUGAGAGGACAUGAUCAAUAUUUUACCGUAUGAAAAGCUUUGGUCACAGUGCAAAAGAAAACAUUAAACACAGGCAUAAAAUGACAACAAAUGCACAAACUGCUAUAAGUUGAAUUUGGUAAGCAAGCAAGGACUACUGAGUGAACGUUACAUCACCUAAUUAAUAUUCAUGAGUCAUUCUAGCAUAAGGCUACAGAGGAUGGAUGAUAUAAUGUUGCUCAGGUGUAGUUGCUCUGUAUAGUUAUUUACUGUAGUGACAUUUUGUAUCUUAUUUAUGUAAGAAACAAGUAUAGAGUUGAAAUUUAUUUGUAUAAAUUGUACAAUUUCAAUUUAAAACAUUGUACUGUUAAACAUUUUACCACAGUUAUUUCAGUGUUAUUUGUAUGAAUUUCCUUUUUAUUGAUAACCAUUUUAGUUGGUAUUUGGCUUGCUUCAUUAUUUCCAGAAAUGAGUGAAUAAGAGGUCAUUUGUGCUUAUAUCGGGUCACAAAUCUCUGUGAGUCACCGUCUGUGAUGCUAUGACUGUUUUUGUCUUUGACACCCACUGGCCAUUAUUCAUCACCAUGGGUCUACACCUCAGUCACUGUCUGCUGAGCUAGGAAAUUAUUUCUCAUGUCAUAACUUGGAUUUUCCCUUUGAAAAAUGUAUCUUUUUCACUUUUUAAAAGCAGAUUGUUGUAAUAAUAUUUAUGCUAAGCUAUUUAACUGGAUUUGUUUUUUGUAUCCAUUUUCACACUGUAAUGUCAUGGGACACGUUGUUUUAAACUUUACCAUUUCUGAAACAAUGGUGGGAUAUUUCUGUGUUACUUUUGUCAUUGCCUUACAGUAUUUAAAUACAGAUAUGUGGUGAAAUUC